AUGGGUCAGAUCAGUGGCCUUGUGCCGUUGGCAUGGAAUAACUUGUGCCCCAAGGCAUCAAAGGGUCAACAAGUUGAACUUAAGCUAGAAAGGGUUGAGAGAGCUUCCCGGAACAAGUUGAUCGGGAACAUCCUAGUGGAGCUUGGCAAAUUGGUGAAGCUUGAAAAUUUGGAGAUUGCUCACGACAAUCUAACAGGACAUCUGCCGACUUCUCUUGGGAACGUUUCUACUCUCCAAGACAUCAACUUAGAAGGAAACUACUUGGAAGGAGGAUUGCAAGUUACGUUAGGCUUUCUAAAGAGGUUAGCUGUGCUUACGCUUGUUACUAACAACUUCUCUGGCUUCUUUGCUCCUUCAAUUUUUAAUCUCUCUUCACUCCGAGUCUCAUCUCUAGUAGACAAUCAACUUUCUGGAAGCCUCCCUGUUAGCUUAGGCUAUAGUUUGCCAAACCUAAGAGGAAUUCAUAUAGGAGGUGAGAAUCAUAUAACUGGCACCAUUCCUUUGGGGAUAGUAAACCUUGUAAAUCUAAUCGGAAUUGGUUUGGCCGAGAACCGCCUCACCGGUACUAUUCCUGAUUCCCUUGGUAUGCUUAAAAAGCUGCAAACUUUGUACUUGGGUGGAAAAAGGGAUUUAAAUUGUGGUUGCGGCCACGUUUUCGGUCGCGUUGCGUUUAUUGUGGUUGCGGACAAAACGGAUGCUAUUGCGGUCACUGCGGAUAUAGGAAACUUGGUAAAUUUGGUAUAUCUAAAUAUCUCUAACAACAACUUCUCUGGCCACAUUCCUGCUACUCUCAGCGGCUGUACAACCUUGGAGACUCUUUCUUUGGGGGAGAAUCAUUUUGAUGGAAGUAUCCCAGACUCUUUAAGUUCUUUGAGAAGCAUUGCAGAAUUAGACCUGUCCAGCAAUAAUUUGUCCGGUCAAAUUCCAGACUACCUAGAAAAGUUAUCUUUCUUGAAAUACUUGAAUCUCUCUCACAAUCGAUUUGAAGGGCCAGUGCCGACCAAAGGGGUUUUCAAUAACGCCUCAGCGGUUUCUCUAACUAGGAACGGCAGGCUUUGUGGGGGAAUUGCUGAAUUGCAUCUUCCAUCAUGCCCCUUCACCCACCCUAAGGAUCCAAGAACAAGUUUUCUGUUCAAAUUAAUCUGGAUUGUUUGUGGGGUUCUUGGAAUUCUCAUGCUCUCAUCACCCCUUUUCUGUUGGUUGAGGAAAAGAGGAGUAAAAGCAAAGCCUUCAUUGGCUUUCCGCUUAGGAAAUUCAAUUAUGAUGGUUUCUUUCCACCAGCUCCUCAAAGCUACUGAUGGAUUCGCUCCAGCCAACUUGAUCGGCCAAGGAAGCUUUGGUAAUGUGUACAAAGGAAUUUUAUAUCAAAACCAAGAGCAAAACGUAAUUGCGGUGAAAGUGAUGAACCUACAAGAGCAAGGUGCUUCCAGGAGUUUCCUCACAGAAUGUAAAACCUUGAGAAAUGUGAGGCAUCGAAAUCUUGUCAAGAUCAUAUCUGCUUGCUCUAGUAUUGAUUUUCAAGGCAAUCCUUUCAAAGCCCUCAUCUACGAGUUCAUACCCAACGGGAGUUACAUCAAUGGUUGCAUUAUACCAUCCAACACGGAGAACCAAAGAUCUUAA